AGUAUCAGAUCUACCCAGUACGGGGUACCCACCCACGCCCCUUUCUCUCUCACUGCGACGAAUCCAUCCCUAACGAACCCAGUCACCAUCCCAUCGCGGAACUCUUUUCCUCCGGCGGAGACAGACCGCGGGUGCCAUCGACGCCGUGGAAGGUCUGCUCGCUUCUCCUCGAUCCUCUUCUCGACGUCGCACGAAGGCCUGCUCGGAGCUGUUGUGUCGCCGCCCCGAAGGGCUGCUCCGUCGUCGCCUCUGCUUGCCUCGCCGUUCUCCACCGCGAGUGACGUUUGCUUGCUUCUUCGAGUGACGUCGCCGUUCUGCUCGCCUCUCUGCUAAGAUCCAUUUAUUUCCUCAUUGUGGGCAUGUCAUGGACAUUGUCUGUUAAAAAGAAUAGAAGUAUAGUGCCCGUUCAACUUGAAUAUAAUCCGAAUUUAGUUUGUAUCCAUAUGCAUAGGAGAUGGGUUCUCGAGGAAGGCCAUUAUUUGAUCUCAAUGAGCCACCUGCAGAAGAUAAUGAUGAGAGGGAUGGUAUUAUUUGUCUCCAGCCCCAAAAGACUCAGCCAUCAACAAAUCCUAACUCUUCUGAUUUAUUUGCAGCAUCAUCUGCUGCCCAAGGAAUAAUAAAUAAUCAUGCUUUUUCACACGCAUCAUCUGUCUCUGGAUUUCAACCUUUUGUUCGGCCUAAAUCCUCCUCUUGUAUCCCUGAUGUAGAUGCUGUAUCGAAGGGAGCAGAAGAACAAGAUACAAAUGCUAGUUCUAAGUCUGGCAAAGAGGACGAUUUGAAAGUUAUGGAUUCACGGAUACUAAGUUCAGCAGCUGCUCAAUCCACAGAGAGGGAAGAAGGGGAAUGGUCUGAUGACGAGGUCUCUGCUGAUGUAAAUGGAUCUCAUAAUUUGCUCCAACAAAGUCAAGUGUCCCAAGAGCAAACAACAUCUGGAAUGGUGGAUGGGGGUGGAGUGGCUUCUGAAAGUAAGUCUAGCAAUAUUACUUCUGAAAGCAAGUCUGGUAAUACUAAAGGUCCUGAUAGUACAAUUGAUGAAAAGAGUAGCCGUGCCUCUGUAGGUCUAGAGUCAAAUUCUACUGAACAGAAGAGCAACAUUGUCCCAAAUUCAGAUGGCAGUAUAAAAAGUGAAGCUUCUAAUGAUGCUCAAGAGGAGCCCAGUUUAAUUCCUAAGCAAAAAGAAGUGAAAGGUAUUGAAGCUAGUCAUGCUCUUAGGUGUGCAAAUAAUCCUGGGAAAAGAAAGAUUGACCAGCGCAAAGAGGAAAUGUUGGGAAAGAAACGAAAUAGACAGACUAUGUUUCUUAACUUGGAAGAUGUCAAGCAGGCAGGUCCUAUGAAAUCUUCAACACCAAGAAGGCAGAAUUUUUCAUCCCCUAUUAUAACUCGUACCGUAAAGGAGGUCCGUAAUGUUCCUGCACAAGUUGAGCGUGUUGGAGCAGCUAAGGAUCAGAAACAGGUUGAGACAUCUUUUGCUGAAGGUGGCAUCCAUGCUGACUUACAUGAACCUAAAGCUGAUUCUAAUGGUGAUAAUUCUGGACCACUUGGUAGGUCUAGGAGGCUAAACAGUGAGACGGAACCUCCGGCAGAGGUUAAUUUACCACCCAUUCCAAGACAGGGUUCAUGGAAACAACCAACAGAUUCAAGACAGCAGAAGAAUGUACUUGGUUCAAGUAGGAAGUUGGGACAGACUGGUCAAAGCUCCAACUCCAAUGAUGUCAAGGUGGGAAACAAAAAACAUGCUCCUAUGAAGAAGCAGACUCCUGUCAGCAUCCAGCCCCAAGACACAUCUGUUGAACGCCUUAUACGGGAGGUUACCAGUGAAAAAUUUUGGCACCACCCAGUCACCAUCAUAUGCCUCUUUUGCGUUAUGAUUCUCAAGUUGGCUUGUUUCUUUUAUAAAGAAGAAAAGAUAACAGGUGGAAGGGUUGAGAAUCAUCGUGUCCAUGUCAGAGUAUUUGAACCUUUACUCUUUGAGGAAUGUCGGGCUCAAUUAUACAGUACAUGGGAAGAAUCAAUGGAGACAGUAUCAAGGGAUACUCAUAUUAUGAUGAGAGUAAAAGCAAAUGAAUCAAGAGAAAGAGGAUGGUAUGAUGUGAAACUACUUCCAUUACAUGAUUUCAAAUGGUCAUUUAAGGAGGGAGAUGUUGCAGUCCUAUCAUCUCCUAGGCCUGGAUCAGUCAGGUCCAAGCAGAGCAGUGCAUCUUUAGCUCAGGAUGAUGGGGAAGUGGAAAUCACUGGACGAGUGGUUGGAACAGUUAGGCGACACAUACCAAUUGAUACCCGUGAUCCUCCUGGUGCAAUUCUCCAUUAUUAUGUUGGGGACUCUUAUGAUCCUAUCAGGGUUGAUGAUGAUCAUAUCAUACGAAAACUUCAAAUCGGAAGCAUUUGGUAUCUCACGAUACUUGGCUCCCUUGCUACCACACAGAGGGAGUAUGUUGCUCUACAUGCAUUUCGUCGCUUAAAUUCACAGAUGCAAACUGCUAUCCUUCGGCCUAGUCCUGAACACUUCCCUAAAUAUGAGCAGCAGACCCCAGCCAUGCCUGAAUGCUUUACACCAAACUUUGUUGAUUAUCUUCGUAGGACCUUUAAUGAACCCCAGUUGGCAGCAAUCCAAUGGGCUGCUACGCAUACAGCUGCUGGUACAAGUAGUGGAACAACAAAAAGGCAAGAACCGUGGCCCUUUACCCUUGUUCAGGGACCUCCAGGAACAGGAAAGACGCAUACUGUAUGGGGAAUGUUGAAUGUGAUUCACCUUGUGCAGUAUCAGCAUUACUACACUUCCUUGCUUAAGCAUGUAGCCCCGGAAAGCUACAAGCAAGCUAAUGAGAUCAGUUCAGAUAAUGCACCCAUGGGAUCUAUUGAUGAAGUUCUUCAAAACAUGAACCAGAAUCUCUUGCGUACUUUGCCUAAGUUGGUCCCCAAACCUAGAAUGUUGGUUUGUGCUCCAUCUAAUGCUGCCACUGAUGAGCUUCUUGCUCGUGUCCUUGAUCGUGGAUUUAUUGAUGGUGAGAUGAAAGUAUAUCGACCUGAUGUGGCUCGAGUUGGGGUUGAUUCUCAGACACGUGCUGCCCAAGCAGUUUCUGUUGAACGUAGAACUGAACAGCUUUUGGUCAAGAGUCGGGAGGAAGUUCUUGGAUGGAUGCAUCAGUUAAAGAAUCGCGAGGCUCAGUUGACUCAGCAGUUACAUUGUCUUCAUAGAGAACUUAAUGCUACUGCCGCUGCAGUUCGUUCCCAAGGAUCUGUUGGUGUAGACCCUGAUGUUCUCAUGGCCAGGGAUCAGAGUCGGGAUGCUCUACUGCAAAAUCUUGCUGCUGUAGUUGAAGGAAGGGACAAGGUUUUAGUUGAGAUGUCUCGCCUUGCCCUUUUGGAAAGUAGGUUCCGACCUGGUAGUGGUUUCAAUUUGGAAGAGGCCCGUGCCAGUUUGGAGGCCAGUUUUGCCAAUGAAGCAGAGAUAGUUUUCACUACAGUUUCCAGCAGUGGUCGCAAGUUGUUCUCUCGUCUUUCCCAUGGCUUUGAUAUGGUGGUCAUUGACGAGGCAGCUCAAGCCAGUGAGGUGGGAGUUCUGCCUCCCCUCUCUCUUGGUGCAGCUCGAUGUGUUCUGGUCGGGGAUCCUCAGCAGCUUCCUGCUACAGUUAUUAGCAAGGCUGCUGGAACAUUGAUGUACAGUAGGAGUCUUUUUGAGAGAUUCCAACAAGCAGGUUGCCCGACAAUGUUGUUGUCUGUGCAGUAUAGAAUGCAUCCCCAAAUUCGAGAUUUCCCUUCUAGGUACUUCUAUCAGGGGCGCCUUACUGACAGUGAAAGCGUGGUUAAAUUGCCUGAUGAGGUAUACCACAAGGACCCUUUACUUAGACCUUAUAUAUUCUAUGAUAUCAGACAUGGACGGGAGUCUCACAGGGGUGGAUCAGUCUCUUAUCAAAACAUACAUGAAGCACAAUUUUGUCUCCGAUUGUAUGAGCAUCUUCAGAAAACUUUGAAAUCUUUGGGUAUGGGAAAGAUUAGUGUUGGCAUAAUUACUCCUUACAAGCUGCAGCUGAAAUGCCUCCAGCGUGAAUUUGAGGAAGUCUUAAAUUCAGAAGAAGGGAAGGACCUAUAUAUUAAUACUGUAGAUGCUUUCCAAGGUCAAGAACGAGAUGUCAUUAUAAUGUCGUGUGUGCGUGCUUCUAGUCAUGGUGUUGGCUUUGUUGCAGAUAUUAGACGGAUGAAUGUUGCACUUACACGUGCAAGGAGGGCACUUUGGGUCAUGGGAAAUGCAAAUGCUCUGGUACAAUCUGAUGAUUGGGCUGCGUUGAUUACUGAUGCAAAAUCCCGAAAUUGCUAUAUGGAGAUGGACUCCCUUCCGAAGGACUUUAUGGUAUCGAAGGGACCUACUUACACGCCACUGCCUGGUAAGGCUUCCUCAAAUAUGAGGGGCAUGAGAUCAGGUGGACAAAGGUUUAGAGGAAUGGAGGCGCAUGGGGAUCCCAGGAUGGGCCCACCAUGUGAAGAUGAUGAAAAGAUGGGUGCACCAGCAAGCUUCAGAAAUGGAAAUCAUCGAUCAUCAAGAUAUCCAAUGGAGAAUUCUUUAGACGAUUUUGACCAUAUGGGCGAUAAAUCCAGAGAUUCCUGGCAGUAUGGUGCACAGAAGAAGCAGAACUCUGCUGGAAAUGGGGGAAAGAGAGAUGUGUAACCAUGGCUUAUCUGCACAUUAUUGUCCAUCUUGGGGGGGAUUUAUGGGGCUAUCUGACUUCCUAAUUCUGUGAUCUCUCACCAUGGAAAGCUCGCAGACUGGAUCGGCCGGAGCUGUAUGAGCCCGAGACAAAGAUAUGCACAGCCUUGGAGGACAGACCAGCAUCCAGUGCGGAUAAGGCCUACAUUGUUACGUCAGACACGCAUUGGUUCAUGCAAUUUUGUGCAGCAGAUUGAUGUGCUGCGCCGAAGACUGCAGACUUUAGUCCGCCAACAAUGUAUGGAAGUGAACGGGGACCAAGCUGGUUGGAGGCGGAGUACUCAUUUUUGUGUCACUGCCAAAUAUUAAAGGAAAACUGCUACAGGGAAUUUUAGGGAUCUAAGGUAGUAGUUUGCUGUCAACUGACUCUGUACAUAACAUGGAUUCACAACAUUGUUUUUGACAAAUUGUUUUGUGUUUCAUUUAUGUUAAACGGAAGCGUUUCACUUCCAAAGGAGGAAGAAAAGGUUACCCUUCUUUUCUUGUUACUUCAAUACCCAAAAGGUGUGCUUGUAUGAACAUUUUCAUUAUUUAAUUAAUUUUUUUUAAAUGGCUGGGA